AUGGCGGUGCCGGACGAGGCGGCGGCCGACGACGGCAGGCCGGUGCCGGUGCCGGUGCCGGUGCCGGUGGCGAUGAACAAGUCGGCGAGGACCAAGGAGGAGGACGCCGUGCUGCGGGAGCAGGUGCGGCUGCACGGCCCGCGGAACUGGGCGGCCAUCAGCGAGGCGCUGCCCGGGCGCAACCCCAAGUCGUGCCGCCUACGCUCUGGAGGACGAGAAGAUCAUCGCGUACUACCUCAAGUACCCCAACAAGUGGGCCACCAUCGCGGGCUUCCUCCCGGGCCGCACCGACAACGCCAUCAAGAACCGCUGGCACUCCGUCCUCGGCAAGGUGUAGCAGCAGCAGCGGGCGGCUGCACCCAUCCAGUACCGCCUCGCCGACGGGACGUUGGUUCUGUUUCCUUUGGUGCCAUCAUGCUCCGCCACCCGCCGCCCGGGGUUGAUCUGAGCGGCGAGUGCCUGAAGCUGUUUCCGCUGGUGGCAGGGGAUCUCGUCAGGGGCAACAAUGCGAGCGAGGCAGCGGCGAUGGAUGUGGAUUACGGCACCGAUGAAUCGCUUGUGCAGCUGAGGCUCUGGCCGUCUACAAACCACGACGGCGGCGUUCAAGGCGAUGAUGGUGCAGGCAGUUCGGGCCCCUAG